GCUGCCCAAGGGAGAGGAAAAGGGAGUCGGUGUACAAUUGAUGAAGCAAAGAAUUUGCUGAUCUCAUUUUAUAAGACUGCAACUCCUCUACCAUCCAUCCUGGAUACUUGGAGCGAGGAUAAGAGACAACCAAACCUUUUGUGUCUUGGAGAAAACAAGAAAACACUUUCUUCCUUUUAUCUCGUUGUAGAUAAAGUACUGCUGCCAAUUGACGCUAAGAAUUCUGCACAAGCAAUUGACCUCCUCUUCAAAUCACACUACGUCUUCGGAGCAGAAUACGACAAGAACUUGCAAGGCCUAUGGAAAUUUCUUCAAGUUUAUAUUUAUAAGGUUGACGUGGACAGUACUGAUCUUUCGGGAAAGGUGAAAAGUGUUUUUACUCAAUUAAGUAAUAUUUUUAAUAAUCUCAUUUAAAAAAAUGUUUACUUGCCCAGUCUGUCAGAUAUUAGUUUUAAGGGCGAGUGAGUUUCAAACUCAUUUAAAAUUUGUACAUAAUUAUGGACACAGUAAUUUUCCUCAAUUAAUUUGCCCUUUUAGUUCAUGUAAUAUAACGUUAGGGACAUGGAGUGGAUUUUUACGUCAUGUAAAGUCACACGAUAAGUUUCUAGAAAUAGGCUCCCAGAUACCAAAUCUAUUUUUUGAGCCAACUUUAAAUAGUUCCAAUUUUAGUGAAGCUCAACAAGAGAUUAAUAUUGACUUUGAGGAUCCCAAAACUUUUGAAAAUAUCUCCGUUGAUACUGGUAUAAAAAUAGUUUCAGAAAUUUUAGGUAAUUUCUGUUCCUCUAUAAUUGCAAGUGGUGUUAAUAACUCUGUAAUGGAUGUAAUUGUAAAAGAAAUGGAAUAUGUAUUUGUAGAAAUUAUUAACUUAGUUACUAAAUUAGGGAAACAAACUUUAGGUGAACAAUUUGACAUGGUUGCUAUACAAAUACGCUCAUUAGUAUCUGGUUUUGUUAAAGUUAAGUCCAGCUAUCAGAGGCAAAACUUGUACCAGAGCAGAAAUAAUUUAAUUUUACCAACUGAGAUAAGUUUAGGGAGCAGAAUAGACUCUAAAAUUAAAGAUGCAAAAAGACAACAAGUAGUCGUGGAAGAUACGUUUAUGUACGUACCUCUGCUGAAAACACUUGAAAAAAUAAUCCAAAUUCCACAAUUAUACCAAUAUUUCGAAUCUAUUUCAAAACCCAAUGGACAAAUUUUUAAAUUCUGUGACUCUGAGUCAUUUAAAAAUAACAAACUCUUUUCUAAAUAUCCACAAUCAAUCCAGUUACAAUUAUUCUAUGAUGACUUUGAAACAGUUAAUCCUUUGGGAUCUAAAAAAGGGAUCCACAAACUUGGGGCGCUUUAUUUUAUUUUACGUAAUUUGCCCGAUUAUAUAAAUUCUCAACUUUCGCAAAUUCAUUUGUUAGCUUUGUUUUAUAGUGAAGACGCAAAAAAAUAUGGUUAUGGGUCAAUUUUAAAACAUGUUUUACCUGACAUUAAGAUUUUAGAAACGACAGGAAUUUCAAUUGGGGGAAAUAUUUUUCGAGGCACAGUUUGUUCUGUCGUUCACGAUAAUUUGGGUGGAAAUUCGUUACUUGGUUUAACAGAAUCAUUCAAUUCUAAUUUUUUCUGUCGAAUUUGUUAUAUUUCAAAGGCUGAAAUCCAAAAUGAAUUUGACCAUAAUUAUAUGGCGAUACGAAAUUUGACCAAUUAUAGUUUACAUUUAAAUUCAGAAACUUUUGGAGUAAAAAUUAAAUUCGCUUCAAUUUUACCAUUUUCUAGAUUCUCCAACAGCUGACAUAAUGCAUGAUCUCUUGGAGGGAGUCGUGCCAUAUGAAAUUAAAUUAGUUUUCAAAAAAUUAAUUAGUUUGGGAUGUUUUAAUCUUGAAACAGUCAACAAUAGAAUCUCCGCUUUUGAUUUUGGAUAUUUAGAAUCGAAAAAUAAACCAAGUCCAAUAAAAUUAGAUGGAACUGGAAAUAGAAUCGGUCAAAAAGCUGCGCAAGCUUGGUGUUUAAUCAGGUUUUUACCAAUGAUUUUGGGAGAUUUAAUUGUCGAUGAAGUCCAUUUAAAAUAUUGGGAUUUAAUUCUGCAAUUAUUAGAAUGCAUGAGCUUUAUAUUUUUUCGAUCUUUUAAUGAGUCAUCAAUUUUAACCUUGAAAUCGCUUAUAAUUAAACACCAUUCGCUCUUUAAAUUUCUAUUUCCAGAUCAAAAUUUGCUACCCAAACACCAUUUUAUGUGUCAUUAUCCAUUUAUAAUUAAAAUGUCUGGCCCUUUAAUUUCUCUAUGGACAAUGCGGUUUGAAGGAAAACACAAUUAUUUUGCUCAAUUGGCCCAUAACAAUAGAAACUUUAAAAAUAUUUGUUUUUCACUUGCCAUGAGGCAUCAGCAAUAUAGUUCGCAUGUUUUCAAAAAUUUAGAUUUCCAUCAUGGAAUUAAGACUGACAAAAUUUGUAAAGCUACUAUGUCUGAGUUUGAUGAUUCCUUCGAUAUUGUAGAAUCAUUAAAAAACUAUUUAAACGAUCAUGAUAUCUGUAUUAAAACUGAAAUGAUGACAACAAAUCAGAUUUGGUUCAAUGGCUACAAUUAUAAACACAACUUUGUGGUUUGUUUCGAAAUGGGAACAAUAUUUCCAAAGUUUGGAAUAAUUUCUGAAUUUCUGAUUCAAAAUGAUAAUUCAUGUCUGCUUAUUCUCAAAGUUCUGGAAACUGAGUUUUUUUAUCGCCAUUUAUUUGCUUAUAAGGUUAGAGUAACUGAAAAUUUGUACAGAGUAAUAAAUGUAAAAGAUCUAGUAACACAUGAUGCGAUGGAGAUUAAACAAAAUUGUAAUUUGUCAGGAUUAUUUGUAAUUUCUAGACAUUUUUUGUAGUAAUAUUUAAUUGUAAGUUAUAUAUAUAUAUAUAUUUCAUGAAACUUUGUCCUGUAAAGUAGUAAUAGUUAUAAAUAAUUUUAUUUAUUUAUUAUAGCAGUAAUUUUUAUUUUAAAUUUGUUAAAAGUUGUAAUUUAUU